UUAAUAUAUAUUUGCUUCAUUUUAUUUAGAAAACUCUUUGAUUGGGGUCACGACGUCUGCGAUUAUCAGCGUUUGUCAUAGUCGCAUUCAAUUAAAAAAAUACGUUUAGGUUAUUGUUUACGUCUUAUUACACAGAAAUAAGUAACCUAAAACUAUAUUUUUGUUCUCAUUGUCUGUUUUUGGUGGCUUUAGUUUUAUUGAAAACAACAUUUUUUAAAUUAAUAAUUGAAAACUAUUCAGCUGCUUAAAAUAAAAGUCACAGAAAUGACACACAGGUCUGGUCACGUGGUCAGAUUGGCGUUUUAUAUAUAUAUUUAAAGGCUGUCAUUUUACUUGUUAUCAGUAGUUGAAGGCUGUUCACCUGUUUGUUCAGGACCACCUCUCACUUCUCUUUCUUCAGACUUGUUCCUAUUGUUUGUUUUUUUUGUUCCCGUCAGUUGUGGGAAAGGUCCACAGACAUGGGGGGUGGUGUCUGCGAGUGGACAUAAAUGAAUGAAUGAAUGAAUGAGUGAGUGAAUGAAUGAAGCAGUGAAUAGAUGGACUAUAAGGAGGAGGCAGCGGCGCUGAACCGUAAAGAAGUGGGAACAGUAUCAGCUGCGUGUGUCUGUCAGCCGCAAAUGUGCUGCGUCGGCCUUUGUUUAUGGCAACUGGACAGGGAUGAGAGGGAGACAGAGGAGGGGAGACGGAGGAGGGUUCCAACACUGCCAAAACAACAGAAGAAAGAGAGAGAGAAAAAAAUACAAGUUUUAAUCUUGUUCUUAUGGGAGUUUGUCAAAGUUCACAGUUUGACUAGUUUUAAUAAAAUUCCUACGUUAAGUGACGUUACAGUGACAUUAAACCCAGGUUUCUUUACUUCAUAGAGACGGGGAGGAAGGUGAGAAAAGGGAGGAGCGGGAGAAAAAUGAGACAAAGUUAGGAGCUGUUGGUAGAAUGAAAGAGGAGUCUGGUGGCAGGAGUGUAGAGGAGGCAGCAUAUGGCUGUAGAAAGAGCACAGCUGGAGGUAGCAUCUCCAUCUGAGGAUGAUGUCAGAGCAGCUGACAGGCUGCCAUCCACCCUCCACCUCCUCCCCCGUCCCUCCACUGCCUCCACCCCUCCCCUCCCCACUCCUUUAUUGUGAGUCUCAGCGGCAGCCUGGGAGAGUUAGUGCUGUGAAUGUGUGUGUGUGUGUGUGUUUGUGGCUGCCGAUCAGUUAGGAGGAGGGAGGAAGAAGAAGAGGAGGAGGAGGAGAACGAGGGAGUUGGUAUCUCGUCCCCCCUCCAACAUCUCCACUUUGCAUCUGUCCUUCGCAGUUUGAACAGCGUGGCUUUUUAAGCCUUCCUCCCUCGUCGUCUUCUCUUCCUUCUUCUCUUCCUUCUUUUCUUCUACCCACUCAUUGAUUCGGAGGGAGCGAGAAGAAAAAGAAGGAGGAAGAAGAAGAAGAAAGAGAGCGAGAGUAAGAAAGAGAAAGAGACAUUCCCAGCCACUGAGAGAGAGAGAGAGACCAGCUAUCCUGCCACAGUGGAGUUAAUCAAGUUGAUGCAUACGGCUGCAGGUUAUGAGGACGGCAGGAUGGAGUUCCCCGACCACAGCAGACAUCUCCUCCAGUGUCUGAGCGAGCAGCGGCACCAGGGCUUUCUGUGCGACUCCACGGUGCUGGUGGGCGACGCUCAGUUCCGUGCGCACCGCGCAGUGCUGGCCUCCUGCAGCAUGUACUUCCACCUGUUCUACAAGGACCAGCUGGACAAGAGGGACGUGGUCCACCUCAACAGUGACAUCGUCACCGCUCCGGCCUUCUCUCUGCUCCUCGAGUUCAUGUACGAGGGCAAGCUGCAGUUCCAGAACCUUCCCGUGGAGGACGUUCUGGCGGCGGCCAGCUACCUGCACAUGUACGACAUCGUCAAGGUGUGUAAGAAGCGUCUAAAGCGAAAGGCCACGGCAGAGGCGGACAGCACGCGCAGAGAGGACGACGGAGGGUCCAGCUGCUCCGACAAGGCCGACAGUCUCUCCGACGGUUCUCCCGGACGGCCGGCCACCGCCGACCUGCUGCAGAGUGAUGAAGAUGAGGAGGGGAAGGCUGAGGGCGCGCCUCUGUGGCUGAGGCUGCCCAGUACAGACAGAGCAGGGACGCCAAACAUGGCCACCACCAGCCCUCGUCACCCGGAGGGGGAGACGCAGGCCGGAGAGUCACUGGUGGAGGCAGGAAAACUUCUCUCCCCGGCCAGAAGCCCCACCAGCUCCACCGGGUCACUCUCCCAGAGGUCGCACCGCUCUGUGGGCUCUCGUGGGGGCCACAGGGGCAGGAGGGUGUCCAGCGAUGCUGCCGACUGCGUCCUCGAUCUGUCGGUGAAACCCAUCUCCGGUAGCAACCACAACAACCACCACCAGCCCUUCUUCAGCGGGGCAGCUACACCUGACAGCCUCCAGAGCCCAUUGGCUGUGAGGGUGAAGGUGGAAAGGGGCGUGGCUUCAGACGAGGAAGAGGAACUGGGAGGCGGAGACUACGACAUGGAACACAGCGGCCUCACCAAGGCCACUCUUCCCAGCGCCAACGGGGUCCUGACCCACCACGGGGUCGGGGGACCUCUGUCGGCACAGCGGCGGCUCGGCCUGGAAGCUCACCUGUCGGCGCUGAGGGAGGCCUCGCUGGCCUCUGAGCUGGAGCGGGACGAGAAACCUCCCCCCACGGGAGACGAGGACGACAUCCUGGGGGGCGAGAACGAACGCGCUCAGGCCGAGGCGGCCAGCAUGGACAGCUCCCUGCUGCCCUACGUCUCCAACAUGCUCUCUGCUCCCCACACCCAGAUCUUCAUGUGCCCCCUGUGCAACAAGAUCUUCCCCUCCCCGCCCAUCCUGCAGCUCCACCUCAGCUCCCACUUCAGGGAGCAGGAGGGCAUCCGCUCCAAACCCGCCGGAGACGUCAACGUGCCCACCUGCACCAUCUGCAGCAAGACCUUCUCAUGCAUGUACACACUGAAGCGCCACGAGCGGACACACUCGGGUGAGAAACCCUUCACCUGCACCACCUGCGGGAAGAGCUUCCAAUACUCCCACAACCUCAGCCGCCACGCGGUGGUGCACACGCGCGAGAAGCCGCACGCCUGCAAGUGGUGCGAGCGGCGCUUCACGCAGUCCGGGGACCUGUACCGACAUAUCCGCAAGUUCCAUUGUGAACUGGUCAACUCGUUGUCGGUGAAGAGCGAGCCGCUGGCGCUGCCCAACGUCAGGGACUGGGCCAUCGAGGACAGUUCGCAGGAACUGUGGAAGUAGAACCGGCGGAGGGGUUUGACAAAGGGAAGUAGGGGAGUCGGGGGGUGAGGAAGAACGGUGGGAGAGUUUAAUGUGUCGGGGGGGGUCGGGGAGGGGUUGAGUGAAUCAUGUUGUUGUUUGUGGCAAGGUCUCAUUCAAUUGCACUUUAAUAGCACAUGAAAACGUUACUACUGACUCUUUAGUUGCUGUUUUUGGCCGAGGUUCCGUUUGAAAUCCUGGUCGGGAUCUGAACCCGUCACUGAUUGAAAACUUUUUUUUUUUUUUGUAUGUGUGUGUGUUUCAUGUCAGAUGCUCCAAACACUCCCACAGCGGUCGGUGCAUGGUCUCCACCCGUUGCAGGAGUUCAGGUCAAAUACACUGAAGUAAAAGGCAUUAGAAUACUCUACUGUACUGUGUAUGUGCAGUACUGCACUACUCUGGCAAAAAAAAAAAAGAAGAAGAAGAAAACAACUGACGUGUGUGUGUGCGACGAGUGUGUGUGUGUGGUGUGAAUUUAUUUCAUUAGCUACUGGGCGGGAGGCGUCGUGGGCGAAGCCCCGCUUCUCCCGAGGAGCGCCGCUCGGCGUCGUUGACGACUGACAGACGAACUGAUGGCACUCAUGCAAUGAACAGCCUCCUUUUUCACUGGGAAUCAAUUUGAAGUCAUUU